GCGGAUAUGACCCAGAAGAGUUUGUGGACAUCCUCCGUUUCUGGUAUGGAACAUCAGCCCGCUCCAGGUCGGCGCAACGGACGUUUAAGGUAACCCAGUCUCAGUGAACUAGACGUCUUCAGGAUAUAAUGCCUGGCGCAGGGGACGUAACUCCGACAGACUCGAUCACUCAACAGUCAGUAGAUAUUUCUUCCUCCUCUUGGAUGGACCGGUGUUGCGACUGUAACUUGUGGAUUAAGUACAGUCUGUUUGUUAUCAACUUUCUAGUAUGGACGGCCGGCUGUGUGAUGCUUGGCAUCGGAAUCUGGGCACGUCUCCAGAAGAAAGGUCUGACCUUCUUCGAUCACGUGAUCACUGACCCUGCCUACAUGUUGAUAGUGGUUGGGUCAGUGAUGUUCUUCAUCAGCAUAUUCGGAUGUAUCGGAGCUCUCAGGGAAAACAUCUGUCUGUUGCGAACUUACAUACUGACCAUUGUGGUGGUGUUCGUGGUCCAAAUGGUGGCCGGUAUCCUGGCCUUCGUCCUGAUGGACAAAGUUGAAAAAGCCAUGAUGGACUACAUGCAGCACGCCAUAACCCACUACGGCGAUAACGACGACAUCAGGGACGCCAUCGACUUCCUACAGAAACAGUUCUACUGCUGCGGGGCCGCAAGCUACUCCGACUGGGAAGUGAACGUGUACUACAACUGUUCCUCGGCGGCCGUGUCUCGUUGUGGAGUGCCAAGGUCCUGCUGCAGGGUGCCCACGUCCGCCCAGUGUGGCUUCGGUGUCCGCAAGUAUCUGGACACAUACGCGGAGCAACUAGUCUUCACACAAGGCUGCAUAGGGUCGCUCAUGUUUGCAUUCAAGGAUAACCUCAUCGUCAUUGGCCUCAUAGCCCUCUGUGUCGGCUUCCUCGAGUUAUUUUCAAUGUUGCUGGCUCACAACAUGGUGCGGUACAUCUUCAUUGAUCAGAAAAUGUUCGAGUAGCAAUAACAACAGCAUCUCAUGCAAUAUUCACAUUCACUCGCAAUACAUGUGAAUAGCCAUCAACUACCUCUUCAUAAGAGACAGAGAUGGCCUCAGUGGGGUUAACAAAAUUUGAACAUCUUCCCAAUCGACCCUGGAGUAGACGCACGACACCAUCAUCAGCACUUCGGUAUUUCCAGUGUCGAAGUGUAAAGCUCACGCAGUGCAAAAACAGGCAGCAUGACGUUCGUGAAGACAGUGAACAAGAUGGUGAUCUCCAGCACAAUGGAACGAACAGUAAGCAAGGAUCUAACAAAGACAAGACGGUUAUUAUGCAGUGUUGCUAUGCUGCAGAAGAUAGCCAGAAGACAUACAGACAAACCUUCAGCGUCAACAGUUUCCCAUACACUUGAAUGUAUGGUGAACUCUGCCAGUAAUUACCAUGUGAACCUGAAUAUAUAUUUGUUUUCUACACCAUUCCCUCAUUAUCAGAAGACAUGCAGUACCCUUGUUCCUUCUACAGAUCUGUAUCAGUGGUUCAAACAGAACUGGUCCUGUUUAAUCGGUCAUUAUUAUUACAAAAUAGUCAACGUGUUUAUGAACGUUCCAGGCUUGUGCUGGAAGGAAGAGUGGAUGGUCACAAAGAGAGGAAAACAACCCUGACGGGGAAAUAGGCGAACAGAAUGAAAGUGGUUUGUGCAAGUUGGUCCAGAUCCAGCACUAUCUGAUCUUGCAGAUGGAGAGAUAUGUCGCACAACUGGACUCUCUACAUUUGUGUUUUUUUGAGUAUUUACGGAUUAGUUCAUGUUGAUGGUUCCCAUAAUUCUAAUACAUUUGACGAUCCCUGAACCAUCAAACAACACUUUACAGUGUGUUUAACAUGUCGGGGGCUCGCUGUACGUACUCAUAAAGCCAAGCUGAAGGACAACAAGUUGGAAAGUAGCGGAUCCUGGUUUAGUCGGUUUGUGAAAUACUGCUAUAUUCUUAUUAUGCGGAUGUGUGUGCACGGUACGGCUUACAUUUUAUAUUAAUAGUUAUUACACAUUAAUCCGUUUUCGUUGAAUGUCAGUAGUAAUGAUAUAAACGGAUGUAUUUCAACCGAGGAGCAAAAGAAACACUACCUGUCAGCUGGGUUUAUCAUGUGUAUAAUGUUCAGGUGCAAUUAUUCUUAAGUUAGCAAUAAUGCAUGUACAAUAAUGAACGGUAUUCGCGACACUCAAUGAACCCUUCCGUACGUUUUUUUUGGUAAAAAAAUGCAUUCUUAUAAAACUUGUUAAGAAUUACGAACACACAACUGAUGAUGGAUAUCUUAAGAAAUCCCUGAAAUUCCUUGCUACAAAAUGGUUGUAAAUGAAUGUAUUAACCCGGUCUUCAAUGAACCAUUUGUUUUACUCAAUAUGGCCGAUGUACAGGUUACCUUUUACAACGUUUGAAUUAGUAUUGGGUAGACAGCAUUUUCACUUGAUUUCCUAUUACAAAGAAAUAAUCGGUAUGUUUUCUUUUGCCCCUCUGUGCAUUUUGUAUGAAGUUUGGUUUGGGUAUUGCGUCUCAGAUUAUGCAACAUGUAGGUUUAUAACAACCAAAUACACGUUUAAUAUAUGUCACCGUCGCGGGGAUAUUACCAAACGAUGCAUCUGAAGCUAGUGGCUGCAUUCAUAGUCGUUCAUGCUGCAAUAGGCAACACCGUCUAUGUUUUAUUGGACUCAUCAGUAACAGCUGUAUCAACAUCGUCUCCUGACAUCAUCUACAUCCUACAUCAUUGUGGAACAAAUCAGCGAGUGAGACUGUUGUAAACACAGGUGGCAGUAACACAUGUGAUAGACAGUACGGGGAAACGUAACCAAUAGAAAUGUUUAUAUAUCUACAUAUUGUAAUUCUGUAUUUAUUUAGCACUCUUGACUGGUUCAUUGCGGCAAAUACGAUAUUAACAGCCUGCUAUAUUUAUAACCGCUUCACAGUCUUUGUGCAUAUUAUUUGUUUAUGGAUUUCUGCGUGCAAUACUGAGAUGCGACCAUCCUUCAAGCCGUGUAUGCACCUCAACGUAGUGUUUACGUAUGUUUCAAUAAUAUAUUCUCCUCGUGUGGCCCUAUGAUGAUAUAUCAAACAUUUAUGCCUUGACAUUGUUUCUAGAUUUCAAAAGAAAUACAGUCACAUUGGGUAACCGUAUAAGGUGCAAUAUUUCCUAUUGGUGUGCGAUAUAUAUAAAAUGUGAAUAUAUUUGUAAAUAUAUGAUAAUAACAUUAUUAAUGUAAAACAUUGACCUGCCUUUUCUCACCUGAUAUGUACAUAUAUUCUUUCUGAGAUCGGUGUUUACAGAUCAGUGUUUACUACUGGUCUGAUGUUUACGGUUUACCUGCUUGUUUCUUUCGAUUUAAGAUAUGAUUUGGUGUCAAAACGUCAUCUAAAUAUUUUUAAAAUAUUUUUUGUUGUUGAAAUUGUUGAUACAAUAAAUAUUCUUAAAUUAA